UGAGGGAGGGGGGAGUGACCCCACCGGGCGUGAGGACUUCCUGGAGACGAGCCCCGGGGGCGGGCAGGGACCUGGCAACGGCCGCGGAGCCGCCGGGAUGAACGUCGGCGUGGCGCACAGCGAGGUGAACCCCAACACGCGGGUGAUGAACAGCCGGGGGAUCUGGCUGGCGUAUGUGAUCUCCGUGGGAGUCCUCCACGUCGUUCUCCUCAGCAUCCCGUUCUUCAGCGUUCCUGUGGUCUGGACGCUCACCAACGUCAUACACAACCUGGUCAUGUACUUGCUGCUGCACACAGUGAAGGGGACCCCCUUCGAGACCCCGGACCAGGGCAAGGAUCGCCUCCUCACGCACUGGGAGCAGAUAGACUACGGGACGCAGUGCACCUCGUCACGCAAGUUCCUCAGCGUCUCCCCGGUAGUGCUGUACCUCCUCACCAGCUUCUACACCAAAUACGACCCCGUGCACUUUGUCGUCAACACGGCUUCCCUGCUCAGCGUCCUUCUGCCCAAGCUGCCCCAGUUCCACGGCGUGCGGGUCUUUGGCAUCAACAAGUACUGAGGCUUCCAGCAGAGCCGGGGGACAGAGAGGGGAUGCCGGAGCGGCGCGAGGCACUGGCUGGAGAGCAGGGGUGAGGCAUGAGGAGGGCUGGGCGCGGGGCAGGGACCGCUCUAGCUUUUAGCCAGGGUUUUAGCCAGGUUCCUCCAUCUCGGAGAAGCUCCUCACUGGGACCUUUAUCUCUUCGGUGAAGCGAGAAGCGCAGCUGAGCGGUACAGAGCGAGAAGUUGUGUCAUGUGCGUGUUUCCUUCAAGCUAACCAACCUCCAUGUAACCCUGCAGAAAGCACUUACGAGGGGAGAACUGCUGACUAGUGGGAAGAGUUGCCCAUCUACACUUCCCUCGUCCUCAUGUUUUAUAGAUUUACACCAUAAUAAAGAAAUUCAGUGACAGGAGCAGCCUCCUCACAGUGGGACCAGCCCCGGCUCACACCUCCCUCCCACCUCUCCCUGGACAGACCAGCCAGACUUCUUCAAACCGUACUUUUAAUUUAACAAAAGUGAUAAGAAAAAGGUACACUACCAUUUAAAACCCAGCUGCUCUGGUCUGGGAGUACAAAAAGGUUAGCGAAAAGCAAUCGUGGCCUACAGCAGCGUUUCUUAGGGUGUUUCAGCUCAGCUGGGGGGGCGGCCAGCUCCCCCCGAGCACCUGGCUCCGGUCGGUGGCAGGCCAGGAGCCUCGCGCAGCCCCCAAGGGCUGUUACUCCCUGCUAAGAACCGGCGCAGCCGCCGUGCUGCUGCCUGGCCCACGGUUUGGAGAGCUGGGAAACGCCAAACGCUUGGUGAGGUGCCGGACACUCACACGUCUCUUGGCAAAAACUGUUCGCGAUACAACUCAAGAUAUUGGCGGCAGCACGGAACCAGCUCCUGCCUCCGGACUUUGCUUUUUGUAAAAAAAUAAUAAGCUGCUCUUCAUCCCCGGCGCUGAGGGAGGGGGAUGAGGGUCCCUCAAGCAAAGUUGAGGCAGGAAAAGCAAAACCGGCACGGGGGGGCCAGGCUGUGACACUGGGGUCCCGGCUGGGCAGCACCCACGAGGAGGAGCGCAGCUAACGUACGCAGAUGUAUUAAUAGAAAGGGGAUGCACGCGGUAAUAAAUAGAUCUGUACGAGCAAAAAGUAACGAGCUGCUUAAAAAAAAAAAUAUGCAAAGUGUGCUGGCAGAGGCUCGAGGCGAGGCGCAGCUGGGGUGGGGGGCUCGGGGGGGCCCCUCCAACGGCCCCCUGCAGCUGAACGAGCAGAGGGGGGGGGCUCUCCUGCGCGGCAGCUCCCCCACCCCAGCACCAGCGCGGAGAGGAAGGGACCCGGCCACCAGCUGCAGCUCCCUUCCCUCCGGAGCGUCACCUGAACGUUUACAAUAACCCUGAAGAGAUCCAGCAGCCGGUCUGUCCGUUCGUCUGUCCGUCCCGGCCCCCGCCUGCCUGCCCUGCGCCCCGCCGGGCUCUUUGGUACAGCUGGCUCCAACGCACAGCUCCUCCGGCACACGUUGGCCACGUCAGCCCACAAACUCCCUGGUUACUUUUAAAUACAGAGAGGACUUUUUUUUUUU